AUGGAGCAGGACUAUGAAAUCGAGACGCCUCAAAAGAAGCGGUGCCUCGAGAAGUUGAGCCCGGAGAAGUCUCGAGAGAGGCCUGGGCUUCCGCGCUCUUCCGCGCUCUUCCGUGCCCAGGAGGCAUUGCCCACCUUCGGGGGUCUCCUAGCAGAGCUGCUGUUUGUUGAAGAGAAAGGCGGCAUGCGGGAUCUGCACAGCCUCCUGUGCAUCUCCAAGACUGCCGAGCUGAAGCUCCUGGUCGGCAUCAAGGAGAUGCGCAUUCAACAUGAACGUGAUGCAAGCCAAGUCCGAAGCUACGCAGAGAUGUGCGACCAGGUGCAGGCCUUGCACCAGAACAGCUGGUGCAGCAGUCGCAAACUGCGACUGUGCUCCACGGAAGAGGGGGACCGCAGGGCAGCCACCGCCAUUCUGAGCCUUUUCUGA